GAAAGCAGCAGAACCUACUCAGUCUGAGGAGUCACAGGCAAUGAAUUCCAAACAUCAGUAUGUGGAGCUCAAUGAUGGUCACUUCAUUCCUAGGCUGGGCUUUGGCACUGUUAAACCUGAAGAGGUUCCUAAGAGUAAGACCACAGAGGCCACCAAAAUAGCUAUAGAAGCUGGGUUCCGCCAUAUUGAUUGUGCUUAUUCAUACGAAGUAGAAGAGGAGGUAGGAUUGGCUGUUAGAAGCAAGAUUGCAGAUGGCACUGUGAAGAGAGAAGACAUAUUCUAUACUUCAAAGCUAUGGUUCACUUUUCAUCGACCAGAGCUCGUCCAAUCUUGUUUGGAAAAAUCACUGGAAAAACUUAAUUUUGACUAUGUUGACCUCUAUCUUAUUCAUUCCCCAAUGGAGUUGAAGCCAGGGGAAGAGCUUUUUCCACAAGAUGAAAAUGGAAAAAUAAUAUAUGACUCAGUGGAUCUCUGUGCCACAUGGGAGGCCAUGGAGAAGUGCAAGGACGCAGGAUUGGCCAAGUCCAUCGGGGUGUCCAACUUUAACCGCAGGCAGCUGGAGAUGAUCCUGAAUAAACCAGGCCUCAAGUAUAAGCCUGUCUGCAACCAGGUAGAAUGUCAUGUUUAUCUCAACCAGAGGAAACUGCUGGACUUCUGCAAAUCCAAAGACAUUGUUCUGGUUGCCUAUGGUGCUCUUGGAACUCAACGAUACAAAGAUUGGGUUGACCCGAGCUCUCCAGUUCUCUUGGAUGAUCCAGUUCUUGGUGCCUUGGCAAAAAAACACAAUCGAUCCCCAGCCCUGAUUGCCCUCCGCUACCAGCUGCAGCGUGGGGUUGUAGUUCUGGUCAAGAGUCUCAACGAGAAGAGAAUCAAAGAGAACAUUCAGGUUUUUGAUUUUGAGUUGACUGCAGAAGACAUGAAAGACCUAGAUGGCCUGAACAGAAAUUUUCGAUAUCUUCCUUUCAAGCUUAUGUCUGACCACCCGAAUUUUCCAUUUGCUGAUGAAUAUUAAUCUGGACACCUUUGUCCUGACUUCUACUGGUAUCCCUGACUUCAAUUGUGAUUCCAGAGAUGGCUCAGAUGCUGAUGAUUGGACACAUCGCUUCUGUUGUUAAUCCAUGCUUCUUAGCAACUCACAUUCUGCUACAGUAAAGUUCACCAGUCCAGUAAUUACAUUUUUAUCGAUUUCUGAAAACAAAAUAAACUUGUUUUCCUUCAGAUUCUUA